UUAAUAAUUUCAAUUCAGAGUGAUCUAGGGUCGAGUAUCCGACAUUCUGACAUCACGUCUCUAGCACGGUAACGAGGCUCAGCCAUGUCAUGGGAGAGCAUCGCAUCGAAAGAUCUGCUCAGCAUACCACAAAGUCACAAAUUGUCAGCAACACAUUUACUCGCGUCACCUGAUGGAUCACGAUAUUUGCUGAAUAAUUCCAAUGAUCUGUGCCAAUUUGAUGAGAACUAUUCAAGAAUUGCCGGCUACGGCUCUAGCCCCGAUGCUAAUGUGGAGGGCCGUUCAUUGUGGGUGCGACACGGCUUAUCUCGUCCAGGCCAGGUUAAUAACAUACUUGGUUGCUUUUGGGCAUGCCAAAGAAGUCUUCGGCAGUACAUAGCGAGACGGAAGAUUGAACGCGGCCUACGAUUAUAUGAGCAGCAUAAUCAAACAGCUGCUGUUCGCACCUGGCGUAGCGCUUUGAAGGGUACUUGUCGUCGAGAGGAUUGUUUUCAGCUGUUGGGUUAUUUGUAUCAGGCGCACAUGGAUUGGGGCAAGUAUCGGGAUGCGAUUGACUUUGGGCAUCAGCAGCUGGGCAUAUCCGAAGAGCUGGACUCACCAAAUAUGAGAGCCGAAACAUAUUUAAAUUUGAGUCGCGCUCACGCCAGCUUAGGUGGCCUUGAGCGAGCUUUGGCAUAUGCGCGACACUCGCUCUACAACGAGUCUGGCACGAAAUGCCGCAGCGGUCUGGUUCAUCUGACUGUGGCAAGGGUCUAUCUGGAAAUGGGUGGAUUCUCCAGGGCCUUGGAGGGCUUGCAGGGUGCGCAUAAGAUCGCAACGGCUAUUGGCGACCCAUCUCUGGAAUUGCAAGUGUAUGUAGCGCUUUCUGAGCUAUUCAGUCGAUUGCAGGAUAACGACAAGAGUGCGACCUAUGCAUCUAAGGCAUACGACUUAUCAAGGUCCCUACAGCUAGGCGAUCUCAACUCUUGCCAUCACAGGGCCGCUUUACUGCGUAUGGCAGCCUCGCUGCGUAAGCAGGGUGAUUUAGGAGAUGCUCACGACUAUUGCAUGGAAGCAACUAGAUUGUCAUUGAUUUCUGGUGAUCAGGCCACAUACACACGCAGUAUAAGAGUGAUGGGCGACAUUUACCGCAAGAAGAUGGAUAUCGAAAGAGCCUUUCGACAGUACGAGCAAGCAAUGGGCACAUCGGCUAGCUUAGGCGAUCGGAUGGGCCAGAUGGAGGCGAUGGAUGGUGCUGCCCGAUGUCUGGAAACUCUACGCCUACAGAGUAAGAUCUGCAAUUGCAGGCCUUUAGAGUUCAACACACGGCUUCUGGAAGUUGCCAGCUCCAUUGGAGCGAAGCUAUUAGUACGAAAAAUUCGAAGUCGCUUGGCCCUUAUAUAUAGGGCCCUAGGCGAUGAGGAUCAGUGCAAUACUCAUCUACGAUUAGCCGAUCAGACCGACACGGCGCUCGGCCUUAAUUGUGGUGCAUGUGGAGAGGUGUUUGGUAUGCAUCCGGCUAGCCUAGAAGCACUACCAUGUGCUCACAUACUCCAUACAAGAUGUGCUCAAGAAAUCUUUCGACGACGUGAUAAAAGUCUGUCGAACCGAUCGUGUCCUGCUUGCAAUAAAUUGUUAAGCUCCCGUCUACAGCUCUACGGUCAUAAUGAAAGCGCGACUGAAAGCGAGAACUGCAAUGAAGAUAGCGCCCGAACCGUGGCGGUAAACGCACAUGGCCUGAAUCUCGAUGGAUUUCUCAAUACGCUAAGCUCCGACACGUUGCUGCCAACAAUGCAUACGUUACCACCUCGAUCGAUUAAUAACGACACAGCUGUCUUUUGCAAUGGCUUAAAGAAUCGUUCCGUUCCGAGCAUAGAGAAUACAGCUUUGCUCCUAACAACGAAUGUUUCGCCAAGCGCCAUCUAUCGCAGCAAUCUGUCUUUGGCUUCUCUCAGCAUGCGCGCUUCAAGUCUGACGAUCGACAGUGGCCGAAAUGCGACAUCUUCUGUUUAAUUUUUCCAACUGUAAACGAGUACGGAAAAGUGUAAGGUGUGAUUAGAAAGCUGACUUUGCCGCUCUACAAUCGGUUAAUAAUGAAUGGUACACAGAAUCAUUCGUUAACAUUAGCAUGU